AUGUCCCUGUUCGCCCCUCGACCUGAAACGGAACGUGCCUCCGUCCUCCUACCCAACGUCACCUGCUCAUCCUGCUCAGCAUCUAUACCUCUAUCAACACUAGGUGAACACGUUUGCGCCGCUGCGUCUCCUCGAGGUCUGGCCAAUCGAAAUGUUCCUAGACCAUCUCAGAUAUCUAUCCCACAAGCUCGACCCGCCAUGGCUCGACAGCCAUCAUCACAAGGACGCGGUCCUUCACCUACCAAUGUUCCACCGCCUUUCGCUGGACCCUCCAGUGCUCACCCUUCGCCAUCGGAAUUCUCCAUACCUCGACGACCUUCCGCAACGAACCUCUCACCUCAUGACGGUCCAUCCGGCUCUUACUCUGCUUAUUCUAUCCCAGUCAAGACCCCUUCUCCCACAAAUCCAUUCUUCCCCCAUCCCGAUCAAGCUCAAGCUGGCAGUUCCGUUCAUGGCUUAGGUAUGGGUGCGGUAGAACCCCAAUCCUCCCCGAUGAUAGACACGACCAGCGGAGGAGAGUCCGGAAUGGCUGGAGUAGGUAGAAGGGCUUUCGCUGCCGCUGCUUGGGGUGUGAGAGCCGGAGUUGCACUAGCGAAACAGCAUAUUGAAGCUCCUGCUACAUCUCCUUCUUACCAGACAAACAAUCCCGCUUGGCCUCAACCACAACCUGCAUCCCAGUCUUCCGCUCGAGAGCCCGCUAUCUUACCUAAAGUUCCACUUAGCGGAAGACAGCUCACUGGACCAAGUCCGACUUUCGGCGCUAGACCUGAGAUGCAUCACUCGCAUACUGCUCCAAUGGUACCAACCCAUUCCUACUCUCCACCAAGAGCCAACCCUGCCUCUCCACCUAGAAGGUCGGCCUCAGCCAUGUCUCACCGAUCCAAUCCUUCUUCGCCACCUCGCCGCAAAGAAUCGCUAUCAUCAAAGGCCAGCAGUCGAUCGGGUCAGGGUGAAAGUAUCUCUCAGCUUCUCAGAGCAAGAACCAAAACUGCACCUGCUAAAUCCAAUAAACCAGGUUUUUUUGAUAAAGUGAAAGAAAUGCACGAACGAAGUAAUACGGUAUCGCCUGUAUUGGGCAUAGGAAUGGCCAGAAGUACUUCGGGCGGAAGUGGAAGUGGUCGAAUAACAUCAAGUCCGCAGACUACGACAUUCGAUCUGGAAGAUGAUGAUUACGACGAUCAACAAUCUGCUUUACCUUGGGCUACGCCGUCUUUAGAUGAAUCGCCCAUGAUGAACCGCGAUAAAGCCAAUGGGAUGAAACAUCAUCGAUACCCCACGGCGGGUAGUGAGGCUUCGAGCAGUUCCUCGAGCUCUAGAUCGGGUAGAUGGGGACCGACCAGCGGAGAAUCAGAAGAAGUGGUGACUCCCUCGCAAAGCUUAGAGAUGCUUUCUGAUCGAGUAUCGUCAAAGAGUAAUCACGAAGCGGGGAUGAGGUCGUUCAAUACCAAUGCCGGCGGUGUGAGUAUGGAAGGAAGAGAUAUAUUAGAUCAGAUUGGUGAAGAAGAUGAAGAAGAGGAUGAAGGUGAUAUGGUAGUCUUCGGUACACCCACAUCGAGGAAUAUCAAAGAUCCGCAUCAGCAUCAGCAUCAUAAUCAGAAAUAUCUCCCUAAUUCUCAUUCCACUUCUACAAUAACUUCUGUUCGACCCUAUCUUCCUACUACCGUCCCUCAUUCUUCACCCAACCGGAUCAAAGGUCUUCCUUCAUCUAACGAAAAUACACCUAUAAAAUCGCGCUCUAAUUCGCACUCGCAUUCGCAUAAAUCGUCCACAUCCUCUUCCAACAGUAUAUCCUCUACCACCAUUUCGUCGAAUACCCAAAGACGUAACAAGGUAUGUGUGAAAUGUGGUGAUGCCGUCGGAGGAUCCAAGAGAUUCGUAGAGAGAGAUGGAAUAGUACUAUGUGAGAAAGAUUGGAAGAAGAUGUACCUACCUUCCUGUAGACGAUGUAAUUUACCCAUAGAGAAAUCGGCUGUAUCAAGUUCGGAUGGACAACUUAAAGGGAAAUGGCAUCGAACUUGCUUUACUUGUUUCAAAUGUGAUAAACCAUUUGAAGGUGAUGAUUUCUAUGUAUUAAAUGGAAGACCCUUCUGUCAAUUCCAUUAUCACGAAGAAAACGGUACUCUGUGUGCAUCUUCUUCAUGCCAUCAACCAAUUGAAGGAUCAUGUAUAGUAACUCCCGGUCCUAAUCCUCAGAGAUUCCAUCCUGGACAUCUGAAAUGUGAUCAUAGAGGUGGAGUAUCAGGUGUUCAUAAUUGUCGUGAACCCAUGGAUGAAUAUUAUGAGAUUGACGGCUCGAGGUAUUGCGAAAGACAUGUUGGAGAGGCGUUGAAAGGGAAUAGAUCGAUGAAAGCUGAAAAGAGAAGAACGAGGUUGGUUGAUCUACCAUUCGGUGUUGGUGGGUUUUAG